AUGUCCUCACCACCAGACAUAGACCCAUAUGCAGUACUUGGUGUCGCCAAGGAGGCCACCAUCCCUGAAAUUAGGGCAGCUUACCGAAAGCGGGUUCUCAAAUGCCAUCCUGACAAGGUUCAAGAUGAGUCGCAGCGGAUUGCCGCCCAAGAUGAAUUCCAGAAAGUCCAACAAGCCUAUGAACUUCUCUCAGACGAUGUCCGACGGACUAAAUAUGACCAAAAAGUCAAGAUAGCCGAGUUGAAGCGUGAAUUGCUGGAACGCAGACGAACAGACCCCACAUACAACUCGUCGCGAGGAAGUGGACCCGGCAAUCGUGAAUUCCGCAAUGGCCACAUCGUGGAGGAGAGAGUCCCGAUGGAAGUCUUCUUUGAGGAGACAAUGCGAUUCACGGACGAACCACGGUCCAUGUCAUCUCGUAAGUGUGAAGAGUAUGGCGUGCGCACAAAGGCGAAACCGACAGAAGAGAAAAAGGCUCGAGCACCGAGCAUGUUUUACCAAGCGAACGAAAUGCGGGAAACGGCCAAGGCAACACAUUCCGACCGUGCGAAGACGCGUGAUCAGGAGCGACGACGACAGACCGAGGCAAAGUCCGAAGUAAAGCACAGUACCUUUGAAUCCUAUAGAGUAUCCGACGAGGAGGCAUCCGAUUCCAGCGCUUCUCGUUAUGUUCACAUGAAACGAACGUCAACAACGCCCCGCCGAGAGCAUGAUUCGCGAUCGCGACCAUUGGACUCCUCUCAUCGCCAUGAGCGCCGCUACGACGAGGAUGGCAAUGUUGCCGAUCACUGGCAAUCCAAGUUCGAUAGUCAGUGCUUCAAUGCAGAAGAUUAUAUCGCACGCAAAGCCCAGAGUUCCAAGUCUCCACGACGUUACCAUGGUCUUGACUCGGCGGAACCAGAGUUGUCCAACUCGCGAUCCACGGGACGGUCCACCCGCUCCCGCCGUCGUUCUUCGUCACGCGACAAUUCCUAUGAGCAUCUUGAGUCCACCCGAACCUUCGAGGUCAAGCCGCCCAAGAUGCAACCCUCCGUAACCUCCCCGGGUAUCAAGGCGUCUCUCCGCCCUUCAUUCCUCAACACCCGCUCCGCAACCACCUCUGGCUUCACCCGCCCGAAGCGGGAGAGUCGCGACUCAACUCUACACGAAAUGGCCCACGAGCCACUGCCAUCGCGAACCUCCCAAAUGCGUGAUCGCAACGAUUCGGGUUAUUCCAGUUCCAGUACCCCUGAAAUGCUGCCCAAGACCUCAACCCGCUACAAGAUCGCCAAGGAACAAGACCACGUCGUCGUAGAACCAAAAUCAUCUAAGUACCGCUCGGCGAGAUCCCCUGACCGCGAUCGCGUACCUUCUACACGACAGACUCUCAAGCGAAGCAGUACCUAUCAGACCUACGCCACGGAAGACUUGCCUAGGGUUGAGACUCGGUCUGCGCGCCCUUCUCCUCGCUCUCACCCGGAUGUCGAAUAUGUCGCCCGCCCGAAGGAGAAAGACAUCAAGUACUCCCGGACAUACAAGCCAGAUGACGUUAGUUACUCGCCGAGACGCACCCAUUAUUACGAGGAGGAAAUUCGCCCUCCUGCUGUGGCGAGACGCCAGUCCGCCUAUUAA